AUGCCUGUCUCACACUUGACCUUGACAGUCUCACACCUCCCGACCUCUACCUCAUUUUUUUUGUCAUGUCUGCAGCCCCUUGGGUACCAAUUUAUUGGUCGGCACGAUGACUAUAUAGGUUUUGGUCAGAAGCAGGGGGAACCUGCUGAUUUCUGGGUCACCGAACGGAAGCCAGGAGGUCCUCCUAGUGCCGUCCAUGUGGCAUUCCCAGCCCCGUCCAGAGAUGCCGUGGGCUCUUUCUUCAUCUCCGCCCUGAAGGCCGGUGGAACGAUUCAUAACGAGCCCAAAUGCAGGGAUUCUCAGACGGGCUUCUUCAGUGCCGCCGUGAUCGACUUGGAUGGCAACAGCAUCGAAGCAGUGUACCGGACAGGUGGCUCAGUGGUUGCAUCGGAGGCUGGACCAACAAUUGCCUUGCUGGAGAAUGGGUCGGUGGUCUCCAAGGCCUCCAAGAGUAGUAGAGCCACCUCUGUCAGGUCCGAGAGCAUUGCAACUCCUAGAUCGGAGGCCAAGUCUCGUGCGGUCACUGCGGUGUCCAGAGCGCCUACUAGCGUGGCACCAUCUUCCAUUGCCCCCACCGCUUAUGAGCGUGAGUCCACUUACGAGCGCGAGCGUUAUGCGCCAUCGGCUGUGUCUCGUCCGUCGCAACCCGCACCACCAACCUACACUGUGCAGACGGUCCAGACGGUCCAGAAGCCGGUUGAUGACGGCAGUAAAGCAGCAAAGACGAUUAUUGGUACUCUCAUCGGGGCCGCAGCUGGCGCGGCAAUCGCAUACGCGAUGGUCAAGGGUGACUCUGAGUCCUCUUCCGAUGCGAAUACCAGCAAUCCUUCGCCGCAAUAUACGCCGGAGCAUCACCAGCUGAUGGGACCUCCGUCGCAGGUUUCCCAAUCGGAAGGACAGAGGUACCGGGCCCUCGAAGGGCCUUCAACGCGCAGUGUCUACACGGCGGCGUCAGCCCCUAGGUCCACACUUAGUCGCAGCCAGACGUCCAAGAAUCCACGUGCCAGUACUAUCUACGAAGGUACUGAAUUCUUCGAUGACCAUGGCCGCGGCGCCUCGGACGGCAGUGUCUUCAGUAUCCCUGAACAUGGACCUCUCCGAGCCAUUGAGUACCCCGCCUCUCAUAACGAAUGGCGUGAUGAAUACAGUCCCAGCACCUUUAUCAGUAGCUAUGCAGCGGAUAAGCCACGCGCUGGCAGCGUGCACUCCGUCUCCACCAUCAAAGCCUCCCAAGCCAACGGCCAACGCCGACACAGCCACGACGACAGAGACACAUAUUCCACCCACAGCAACGGCUCGAAAGCCCACCGCGCAGCCUCCUCCCACGGUCACAGCCACCACUCCACCAAGUCCGUCAAGGACAACGGCAGUGUCGCUUCUUCUAUCCGUUCGGCACGCAAUAUCCCGCUGCCCGCGGGCUCCAAAGCGACAUACUAUUCUGCUACUCCUAGCGAGCAUGGCAAGUCACAUCUCUCGGCUCGCAAUGUCCCACUUCCUGAUAGUGUGAUUGACCUUGAUGUGAACUCCCAUGUCUCGCCGAAUGACUCCGUCAGCCAGAUUGGUAGUCGUCCUGCUCGGUCCUCCCACUCCCACCACUCUAAACACUCCAAGUCAUCGAAACAUUCCUCCAAGCCUAAGUUUGAGGAUGUGGUGAAGCCGGCUGAUAGUGUGAGUCAAGUUUCGCGGACUUCGCAGCGCACUAUCAAGGCUGAGGAGAAUCGAGCUGCCUCGAGGGUGAGCAGCUGGCGGAGCCAGGUUGUGUGA